AUGCCGCCUCCACCCCAUAUCAAACCGGAGAAUGUCCUGAAGCGGGCUCAGGAACUCAUCGCCGUCGGUCAGGCUCCCGCCGCCCUGAACGUCCUCCACGAACAUGUCACCUCUAAGAGGACGCGCAGCAGCCCCAUCUCCUCGCUCGAGCCGGUUAUGCUCCUGUUUGUCGAGCUGUGUGUCGACCUGCGCAAAGGAAAGGCCGCCAAGGAUGGAUUGUACCAGUACAAGAACAUCGCCCAGAACACCAACGUUGGAACCAUCGAGGUUGUUCUGAAGAAGUUCAUCGAACUGGCCGAGAAGAAGGUCACCGAGGCCCAGACCAAGGCCGACGAGAUUCAGUCCUCGUUGGAAUCCGCCGCCCCUUCUUCCAAUGUCGAGGACCUGGAAGCCAUCGAGACUCCCGAGACCAUUCUCCUGGCCACCGUGUCCGGUGAACAGUCUCGGGACCGUACCGACCGUGCCGUCGUGACCCCGUGGUUGAAGUUCCUGUGGGAGACCUACCGUACCGUGCUGGAGAUCCUUAAGAACAACGCCCGUCUUGAGGUCAUGUACCAGACCACCGCUCUGCAGGCCUUCCAGUUCUGCCUGAAGUACACCCGCAAGACCGAGUUCCGCCGUCUCUGCGAGCUUCUGCGCAACCACGUCCAGAACGCCGCCAAGUACUCCGCUCAGAUGCACGCCAUCAACCUGAGCGACCCCGACACCCUGCAGCGCCACCUCGACACCCGCUUCCAGCAGCUGAACGUCGCCGUCGAGCUGGAGCUCUGGCAGGAGGCCUUCCGCAGCAUUGAGGAUAUCCACACCCUACUGAGCCUCAGCAAGCGCCCUGCCAAGAACGUCAUGAUGGCCAACUACUACGAGAAGCUGGCCCGCAUCUUCCUGGUCAGCGAGAACUACCUCUUCCACGCUGCCGCCUGGAGCCGCUACUACAACCUCCUCCGCCAGUCUGCCGCCACCCUCGCCGCCGGCCAGGGCACCAAGAAGGAGAACCCCUCCGUUACGGAUGCCGACAUGACCAAGGCCGCUUCCUUCGUGCUCCUGUCGGCCCUCGCCAUCCCCGUCAUCAGCACUUCUCGCUCCCGCGGCGCUCUGGUCGACGUGGACGAGGUCCGCAAGAACAAGAACACCCGUCUCACCAACCUGCUCGGCAUGGCUCAGUCCCCCACUCGUGCCGUUCUGUUCAAGGACGCUCUGAACAAGGGUAUGCUCAAGCGUGCGCGCCCCGAGAUCCGUGACCUGUACAACAUCCUGGAGGUCGAUUUCCACCCUCUGUCGAUCUGUAAGAAGAUCACCCCCAUCCUCAAGCAGAUUGGCGCGGAUCCCGAGAUGGAGAAGUAUGUCGGACCUUUGCAGCAGGUCAUCCUCACCCGUCUCUUCCAGCAGCUGUCUCAGGUCUACGAGUCGGUCGAGCUCAAGUUCGUCUACGAACUCGCCCAGUUCCCCGACCCCUUCCAGAUCACCCCCGCCAUGAUCGAGAAGUUCAUCAUGAACGGCUGCAAGAAGGGCGACCUGGCCAUCCGCGUCGACCACAUCGCCGGCGUGCUCACCUUCGACACCGACGUCUUCUCCUCCGCCAAGGCCCUGCACUCCGGUAGCGCCGCCGGUUCCGCCGAGAGCGAGAUCGGCACCGUCCAGCGCCUGCAGAACACCCCCGCUGAAAUUGCCCGUCUGCAGCUCACCCGCCUGGCCAAGACCCUGCACGUCUCGUGCAUGUACGUUGACCCCUCCUACAACGAGUCCCGUCUCCAGGCCAAGCAGGCCGCCCAGGCCCGCGCCCUGGCUGGUGCCGCCAAGGAGCACGAGGAGACCCUGGCCCGCCGGGUCGUCAUCGAGAAGAAGAAGGAGGCCGCCACCGACGCUCUGCAGCGCAAGCAGCGCGAGGAGGAGACUCGCAAGCGCAUCCGCACUCAGCAGCUGCAGGAGGCUGAGCGCCAGCGUCUGGCGGACGAGCUCCGUGAGCGUGAGAAGAAGCGUAUCAAGGAUGAGCAGGACCGCAUCCGCCAGCAGGAGCUGAAGAAGCAGCUGGAGGAGCUCAAGAGCGGCGUCAAGGGCAUUGACCUCAGCGAGCUUGAUCUCGAGGACAUGGACUCCAACCGCAUCCGCGCCAUCAAGCUGGCCCAGCUUGAGAAGGAGAAGAACGAGCUGAACGACCGCAUCCGCACCACUGCCAAGCGCAUUGACCACUUGGAGCGUGCCUUCCGUCGUGAGGAGCUGAAGCACAUUCCCGAGGACUACGAGGAGCAGAAGAAGCGCGACCUUGAGCUGUACGAGGCCACCAAGGCUUCCGCUCUCAAGGAAGCCGAGAACACGCACAAGGAGGCCGUCGCCCUGAAGCACCGUCUCAGCCGCCUGGUACCUCAGUUCACCAGCUUCCGCAAGGAGGUCUCCGAGAAGCGCCACGAGGAGUUCGAAAAGCGCCGCAAGGCUGCCGAGAGGGAGUUCGAGGCCAAGAAGAAGCAGCGUGUCAAGGAGGUGCAGGAGCGCCGCCGCCGCGAGAAGGCCGAGCGGGAGGAGGCCGAGCGCCGCCAGAAGGAGGAAGAGGAGCGCAUCAAGCGCGAGGAGGAGGAGCGCGUCGCCAGGGACGAAGAGCGUCGCCGUGUCAUGAUCGAGGAGAAGGCCAAGCGCGAAGAGGAGAGGAAGAAACUCGACGAGAUCGCUCUCCGACAGAAGCAGCGCGAAGAAGAGGCGGAAGCUCGUCUUGCUGCCAAGAAGUCUGGCGCCGCCUACGAGCCCCCUACUACCGAACGCACCGCUCCUCGCCUGAACCUUGCGUCUCGCCCUGGUGGAUCGAGCUGGAGAGAGCGUCUGGCUGCCAAGGAGGCUUCGGGUGCCUCCGAGCCCCCCAAGGCCGAAGCCCCGAAGGAAGAGGCCCCCGCUCCCCGGAAGACCGGUGGCUACGUGCCUCCCCACCUCCGUGGCAGCUCCAACGCAGCUCCCUCGGCUCCUCCCUCGAACGGUGCCUCUUCCGAACGGUGGUCGCGUCCUUCGCCGCGUGACUCCGCCUCCUCUCAGCCUCCCUCCCGAACGCAAACUCCCGCCAGCAGCUCCGACAAACCCGAGGAGUCCAAGGGCGGUCCCCAGAAGUGGGUUCCCCGCUGGAAGCAGCAGCAGCAGUAA